UUGUUAGCUAUUGAGAAUUGGUAAUAGUUGUGAAGUAGGAAACAUGGACUUCGAUGUUAAGGAAGCGAUUUCAAAUUUCUUAAAACAUACGUCUGAUGUGCAUUCGUUUGGGAAUUACGUGGAGAACGUGCCCAUUUAUCCGUUAUUCUUGGGUGUGCAUUGUGUCCUAGUCGCUGGUGCCUUGAGGACAAGAGAUGGAUCCAAAGAAUUCGCAAAACAUCAUCCCCUAACAAGCUGGUUUGUCAGUGUUGUCUCUUGCUAUGGUGGGACAAUCAUCCAAAAUUUCCUGCUUGCUCAGCCAAUUCUUGCUGCACUCAAGAAUGAACAAAUUUUAAUCUUAGGAACCAUAGCAUGGUACUUAGUCUUCUUCAGCCCUGGGGAUUUCUUCUGGGAAGCACUUCAGCUCAAGAUUUUCAAGGCCAUUCUUGUGAUGCUCAAAGAACUACACAGACUUCGGAUGAUAAUUAAUGGAAUAGCAGUUGGUACCUCACUGCACCCUUCAACACCUUUGAUCAUCAUUAUCAAUGGUGCAAUAAGAGGCAAUGGUGCAAAGUUUCUCAUGAAACCUCUUGAUCAUUUUGUGCGUGGAGGAAUGGUUUCAUCUUUUGAGCUUCUGGCUCCACAUUUUUCUACAAAGUCAUCAGUGGUUAUCAGUGCACUGUUGUGGAAUCACACUGUAAAAUUUGUUGACAUCCCAAUCUCAAGAGAAGCACUUCUGGUUUACAUUCUUUUAUUCAUGGUGUGCAUGCAGCUUUCCUUUGUUUUGUUCGAGGCUGGAGAUCCUUAUUUGUAUCUAGAAAGUGCUGCCUGUCAUCUUUUUCUAACACUGCCUUCAGAACUAUCUUUAAGAGUCAGAAAAUCAAAGAUGGAAUGAAGAAGUGGCUCACAGAGUGGAAAUUCAACCCAGAAACCAUAUUUUGCAUGUAGUUGUUUUUGCAUAGCAUUUAGAUAGUCAAAAACAUAUGUAAUAUGUUAUUAGCAUCUUGUUAUAAAGUCUAUGAUUUGUAUGUGGACAAUUGUAUGUGGACAUUUAUUUUAGGGUAACAAUUAGAAACUUAUUAUCAGUUUUUUAUCUGUUGUACCAACUAAAUUGUACCAACUUUUUAUCUGUUUCAAAAAAGAUUGUCUCCUGAUAUUCCUGGAUUUGCUUUAUGCUCUAACUGUCAGCAUAAAUUAUUAGUGAUAAAGGUUUUUAAUGUGCCAAAGUGACUUUUUAAAGAGUUGCUGACCCUGCACUGUAAAACACAUGACUAGUUUUGCUAUCUGCCAAACUAUUCAGCAAUGAAUUCAACAUGCUUGUUUUUUGCUUGCAUUUUACCUCCUGCAUCUAAUCUUUGUAAGAAAGUAAAAAGCCUCUUAUU